AUGCCUCCCAACGCGCCCGCGCGGGGUUCUGACAGUUGUGGUAGCCUGAACAGACCACCCAGAACUCGGAGACUAUCAGUAGAGCAAGCCAGCGAGAGCACGCCGUUGUUGGCUGCUGGAGACAUCGCCCCAACCGCCGACUCCGAAAUUUCCGAGGCUACUACGCUUAUAAACGAGCCAUCGAGUAGCAGUGAAGUCGACCCAGACGAUAAGCCUCUCCCCGUGGCUCAAAUUGUUGUUUUAUGCUACGCUCGAUGGAUCGAGCCCGUGGCCUUCUUCUCCAUCUUCCCGUACAUCAACAAGAUGGCGCAAGAGAACGGCAACCUGGCAGACGCCGACGUCGGUUUCUAUAGCGGCCUGAUAGAGUCUUUGUUUUCCUUAACGCAGAUGGCCGUCAUGAUCUUGUGGGGAAAGGCCGCGGAUCGGUUUGGGAGGAAGCCGGUGCUGGUGAUUUCUCUGAUGGGUGUCACUCUUGCGACAGCCAUGUUUGGCAUGGCCAAGACCAUUUCGCAGAUGAUCUUGUUUCGUUGUCUGGCGGGUGUCUUUGCGGGGACUAUUGUGACCAUUCGGACCAUGAUUUCGGAGCACAGCACCACCAAAACACAGGCACGCGCAUUCAGUUGGUUUGCCUUUACCGGAAACCUGGGGAUUCUUUUUGGUCCGCUCAUAGGGGGCGCGUUGGCGGAUCCUGCUGAACAGUACCCGGGGCUCUUUGGAAACAUACAGUUCUUCAAAGACUAUCCUUAUGCAUUGCCUAGUUUUGCUGUGGGCGGCAUCGGCGUUACUGCGGUAUUGGUUACUGCUUUCCUUGCUGAGGAGACACUCGAGAACAAAGUAUUUGGCGGCGGCCGCGAUGCUGAGUCUGGUGCGCCGGCCAAACCUGCGCCCAUGACUACUUGGGAUCUUCUGAAGUCGCCAGGUGUACCCAUUGUUCUCUACACAUAUGGCCAUAUCAUGUUGCUCGCGUAUUCGUUUACCGCGAUCUUGCCCGUCUUUUGGUUCACACGCAUUGACCUCGGCGGCCUUGGGUUCACGCCUUUGCAGAUCUCACUCCUGAUGGGUCUCAACGGCCUGGCACAGGCGAUUUGGAUCCUGCUCGUCUUUCCUCCCCUACAGCACCGCAUUGGCACCAAUGGCGUCCUGCGAGUGUGCGCAAUCGCGUAUCCGUUCUUCUUUGCCAUAUGCCCCUUCUUCAGCCUCCUCUUGCGAAACGGUGGCUCGACGGGUGAGACCAUCUUCUGGUUCAUUAUGCCGGCUCUGUUGUGUCUCGGAUGCGGCGUUAGCAUGUCCUUCACAGCUAUCCAGCUCGCCCUGAACGAUACCUCGCCCAGCCCUGUAACUCUCGGGACGCUAAACGCGUUGGCUCUAUCGUUGGUCAGUGGCGUGCGAUCCUUCUCGCCGGCGUUGUUCGCUAGUCUCUUCGCUAUCAGCGUUCGUACGCAGUGGCUGUGGGGUUAUGCUAUCUGGGUCUUGAUGGUGCUGCUGGCGUUGGGAUACACUGUUAUCAGCAGAUAUAUGCCGGAUCCUGAUGAGCUGAGGAGGCAAAGAGAGAGACGGGAUCUGGAUGAGGAUGUGUACGCCGACAAAGUACACCGUCACAGAAAACGUCUCUAUCUAGAGCCUCCUGUCAAUGGCUCCACGAUCGUCCGGAGGAAAGUCACCACGAUCGUUCCUGCGUCUGAGCAGCAAGCGGCAGUUAUCGAAAAACCGGCUAAACCGGCUCAUUCGCCCCCGGUGCAUGUGCUCGAGCCCGCACCGCCGCCAUCACCGCCGAUGUUCUGCCCAGACCCUCAUUCACCAGUCGCAAAUGUUCCAACUCACCCGGGACCACCUCACCACGCCCCUCCCGUCUACGCUCCGAUGCCCGCCCAUCCUCAUCACAAUCAUGAAGAUCACAACCGCGAACAUCACAACCUCAAACAUCAUGUCCAUGAACAUACCCGACGGGAGACAGAAAUAGACGUUGGACGCACAUACACUCACACAAACACACCUCCGCCACGGGUACCGGUUCUAAACGACGACGUGCACGCCGACAUCAUAGACGUCAUCGCCGUCGACGUCGAAGAGAAGAAAAAGAAAAAGAAAAAGAGGUCUAAAUCGCGGCACGCUGAACGCAGCCGCAGCCGCAGCCGCAGCCGAGAACGCGAAGUCGUCAUCGAGCGAGAGGUGCGGGUUCCCGUACCCGUUCCCGUGCGCGUGCCCGUCCCAGUGCCAGUACCGGUGAGGGAGGAGCUGGAGACGUAUCGGUACGUAGAGGGCCCCAAGCAGCCGAAGAGGCACUCCGAAUCACUACCUCCGAGAAGGAUGAGGAGCCCGCCGCCACCAAGACUGCCUUACCCGUGGGAGCAGGACAGGGACAUAUGCUCAGCGAGGUCGAAGUCGGCAGUCAGACAUAGGAGUCCGUCGACGACGAGCUUAGAAAGGGAGAUGGAUAGGAUUAAUAUCACGAUUGAGGAGAGGAGGAAGGCGACGUUCGACAGGGACAGGGACAGGGAUAGGAGCUGGGAGAGAGGGUCGUACUACCGCUGAUGGUGCGGGGCUAUUCAAUGGCGUUCUUGCUGCCCUUUGCACUCUUUCAUUUCUGUUGCUUCUUUGUUUGGGAUGGUGCUUGGAGCUUGGAGUUUGCUACCUCUACCUUUGGGUUGAGGUGAUUGGAGAAAUGAAUUAGCGAGGGCGCCACUUUCACGAUGGUUUGAUGAAUUUAUGUUGCGCAGCGAUAUCCAUGUAGUGUAGCUAAGUUGAUGAUGUUGAUGAUC